AUGGGUGAAAAACAUACGGUUUAUGAAGUCACACGGGAUGAAUAUGAAAAGCCAAUUCGAGAUCCAUAUUUGGAGUCAUUGGCACGUUUGUCAUAUGCCGAACUUGAUGACAAAUACAAUCCAGGUCCAACGUUACCUGAUGGAAGUGUUAAUUUUGAAUGUCAUUGCGUUGCUCACUUAGUUGCUAGCCCAUGUGGCUACGAAUUUCGUGAAGCAUUAACAUGUCAAAAACGAGUAGGAGAAUCAGCAUUAGAGGAAGGUGAAUGUGCUGAAGAAUUUAUGAAUUUUAUGAGAUGUGUUAUUCGAACAGAAUGCUUUAAAGGUAACUUUUUUCAUAACUGUCAAUCAGAUCCAAAAGAAGAGGGAGAUGAAGAUGAAGAGAUGAACCAAAAAGCCAAAUUAAUUGAUUCGGAUAAAUCUGAUAGACAUUAA